AUGCUCCUUCUGCCGUUCCUUGCAGUCUUGUUAUUGAAGGAAGAUGCCUGUGGGAACUUUGGUCUUUUGGUUUCUGCACAGUCCAAUGAGAGGAGAGUGGUUGCCUACAUGCCAGGGGACAUCAUCAUUGGGGCUCUGUUCUCUGUGCAUCACCAGCCAACCGUUGACAAAGUCCACGAGAGGAAGUGCGGAGAGGUGAGGGAGCAGUAUGGCAUUCAGCGAGUGGAGGCCAUGCUUCACACACUCGACAGGAUUAACCAGAACCAAACCUUGUUGCCAAACAUAACGUUAGGUUGCGAGAUCAGAGACUCGUGCUGGCACUCGGCGGUUGCUCUCGAGCAAAGCAUUGAGUUCAUAAGGGAUUCUCUCAUCUCGGCAGAAGAGGAAGAAGGGCUGAUGAAGUGCGUGGAUGGCUCGACAUCUUCCUUCCGCUCCAAAAAGCCCAUCGUCGGUGUCAUCGGGCCUGGGUCCAGUUCUGUGGCCAUCCAGGUCCAAAACCUGUUGCAGCUCUUCAACAUACCUCAGAUUGCUUACUCUGCAACCAGCAUGGACUUAAGUGACAAGACCUUGUUCAAGUACUUCAUGAGAGUGGUGCCCUCGGAUGCACAACAGGCCCGUGCGAUGGUGGACAUAGUUAAGAGAUACAACUGGACAUACGUCUCUGCUGUGCAUACUGAAGGUAAGGGAGAAUGUUUAUUUCAUCUCCACAUUCACAUUCACAUGCAAUAAGGAUACGUUCUGGGUUGCAGUAUUAACAUAUGGAGCAUAUACCAUGUUCCAUGUUUGUAGAAUCAGUAUGAUCUAGAACUGAUUAUUUUCUGUUGCCUCAAAUUUUGAACCCCUUUAUACAUACAGCAAGGGCAGUGGUGGAGGAAGUCUCUUGGGCACUUGGGGAGGUGCGCCUAGGGGCGUGGCGAACCACCCAUAGGGGCGGGGUGUGCAGUGCCACACAGCACCCAUAGGGACAGGCAGAGGUCCCAAGGGGGCAGGGCCGUCUUAAGCAUAUCCAGCACCGUGGUGCAAAGAUCCCUCUGGCGGCGGCGUCCCCUGCAACUCCAAAACAAGGGAGGGGGCAGUGGAAAAUGUCCUUUGCCUCCCCCACCGCCCCAAUCCCCAGCCUUGUGCUGGUCCCGUGGGUUACCCAAGAGGCGAGGUCCAUGCCUGGUCUGUGGUCAAAGGUGCAACGUGGAGGCAGUCUAUAGUAGCUGGAGCUGGGUGCAGGGCAGGGAGUCGGGUGAAGUCAGGAACAGGCAAGCAAGCUGGGAGCCAGGGCGGGUCAGGAGCUCUAGCAGAAAAGCAGGACAGGGUUCAGGCAGGAACUAGCAACCAACAAUGUUGCUCCCGCAACUUGGGACUGGGGCUGGCCAGCUUUUAUCUGCCCCGAGGCAUAGGGCGGCCCCAAUCCUCUGAUGACCCGCCUCUCCUGGCCUGGAGGUGAGCACUCCUCCUGCAGAAACUUAGUUCCCUCCGCCUCUCUGCCCUGAGCCUCAGCAGCUCAGGAGAGGCUGGAGGGUUACCGGACCCAGAGGCAACCUCAGCUUCCUCUCAUGGGGCUGAGAGUGGAGCACCUGCAGGCAAUGGGUCCUCCAUCACCUCAGGAGCCAUAGCAGACUCAGCUGGUGCCUGCACCUGAGGAUCCAGCACAGGCAAGGACCCUUCAGACUCAUGCCCCAGCCCCAACUCAGCUGGUUCUGGAGGCAGGGGAUCCUGUGCAGCCUGGGAUCCCUCAGGUUCAGCAUCCGAGUCCGAAUCCCAGGCCAUCACAGGCGUGGUGGUGGCGAUCAAGCAGGAAAAUGUGUUGACAGAUAUGCUCUCCAGCAUCAGGGCACCCGAGAAAGCAGCCCAGGAAGGCUGUGCAGCGUCUUUCACCAGGAAGCAGGAGGAGGAAAACGACCGGGAGCAGGGCUGUCUUUAGCAGAUGCAGUGGCUUGGGAAGAAAGCUGCACACCCACCAGCCAUAUAGUUGGUGGGGCGCAGCUGGCGGGCAUGCAGGAAAAGGGGAGGCUGCCGGCAAAGCCCUGCAGCUCCCCUACUUGCUAGGGAGCCCCUGAGAGGCUGGCUCCCUGGCGCAAAGAACCACUGACACCAAUGGGAAAGACGGCUCUGCAAGGGGGUGCGUCGGCGUUGCCGCACGUCCCAGAGAGGUGCACCGGCAGCAGGGAAUGUCCUGGCGGGGCACCUGUGGUGAUGUCACCCCCCUCAGGGAUGGCACCCGGGGCGGACCACACCCACCGCACCCUCCUUGCUCCGCCUCUGAGCAAGGAUACCCCACCUAUCUGCAAAAUGCCUAUUUAGCAGAGGAUAAGCUCUAGUGAUGUUUACACACCCCGUUCCCAAAACUAGAAACAAACACCUGUACCCUACAAAAAACUUGAAAACCCAGAUAAAAAAGGAAGAAGCACACCCAAAAUGGAUAAGCAAUCCUUCUCAAACAAUAAGAAGAAGAAGAAGUCCCAAACACCUCAUUAAAAAUAAUAUAAAAUGGGGGACGGGGCAUAUGGCCCUGGUGGGCACUAGGUUGUGUGUAUGGAGGCAUUGUUGUGUCCGUUGGGGAACCCAGAUAUGCAUAUAUAAAUGCAUAAAAAUACCACACAUCACCACAAUAAGCUAGGCAGUCCUAUUUGUACCAGUUAGUUAAUAAAGGUUUAUUGGCUGUGAUCUUCCCUCUCUACACUUUAUAAUACAGACAAAGAUAUGUUGAUCUAAUAUUGGACUGAAGGUAAGUCUUUUGGUUUCCAUCUCUGAGAAUUCUUGCUAUGAUCUGAUCUUAGUGUCUUGUCCCAAUUUUUUUUAUUUUUUUUUUUGGAAUCCCUUUUUUAUUCUGCACUCAGGAUAAUUUGUGCUCAUAAUGCUAUCAGGGUGACCAUGCACAAAACAUGCUUUCAAUACUAUUUCUGCUAGUGAAACCUUUGCGGCAGUCCUACCGUUUCAUUUCAAAUCAGUGCAUGUCCUAUAACUUCCUGCUGAAGUUCUGCAAAUGUUCUGAGUUUCUGUGUUUAUAGCCCCUCCAGACAGCAAUAAUGUGCUGGGAUUAGGAAAGCAUCACAGAACAACUAAUAAAGCAGAAUAAAUCCACCACAGAUGCUCUAUUAUUAUGUCGAUAAUAUAUUGCAGAACACAAGAAACACUCGCGUGUGUGAGAAAGUGAAGGGGCAGGAAAUACUUUGACUCCUGGAUCCACAGAGAGCUGCAUUACUGUGUUUAUUUUUAUUUUUUUAAGGGUUCCUUGUCUUCAAUAUUUUGUAUACAUGGGCAGGUUCACCCAUCAGCUCAAUGUCACUCAGAAAGUUUCAUGGAUAAGUGACGAUUUGAACCCUGGGUCUCCAUGGUCCAAUCCCCCCUCACCCCAAUUUUUAAAAUUAAAUUUCCAGAAAUUCCACAUACAAUCCAACACACAAACAUAUAUAUAGUUAAAAAAUUAUAUUACCGACUUCCCAUCCCAUUUUCUAUGCUGCUUUUCUUAUCCCUCCAUUGCUGUACCCUGUCUUCCCUCUUUUUACAUGAUAAUCAUAACAUAAUAGUCUCUAAUUAAUUCUGUUGAUCAUAAUUCAGAUCCUGCUCAUGGAUUCUUCAUGUUAUGAUAUUUCUUCAAAUAACCCCAAAAGAGCUUCCAUUCUUCAAGAAAAAAAAAUUGUUAGACUCUCUUAUUUUAGCUGUUAGCUUUGCUGAUUCAACAUAAUCCAUAAGAUUGCUUUCCAUGGUCCUAAUUCAACACUCUAACCAUUUCAUCAUACUUCUCCCUCCCUCCCUCCCUCCCUCCCUCCCUCCCUCUACUCCUUUCAUCACCCAGCAGGGAAAAGCUUGACCUCCAUGUUGGGUGUUGAAGAGAGACUUUCCAUUUUCUGAGCUGGGCUGUGGCUCAGUGGUAGAACAUCUGCCUUGAGUGCAGAAGGUUCCAGGUUCAAUCCCUGACAUGUCCAAGUAGGGCUGGGAAAGAGACUCCUGCCUGGAACCCUGGAGGAGCCGAUGCUGGUCAGAUGGACCAAUGGCCUGUGAUUCUGGAUAAGACAGCUUCCCACGAAGAGCUGCCAUGGGAAAAAGAGAGCCAUCUCUCUGUCUGCCUCCCAUAACCAGCUAGGUCAACUUCCAUGUGGCACUAAGGGGAUGAAAGUACCAGGCAGAGCAAACAUUUGCAGUCUGCUAGGGAGGAGAGGACAUGAUCCAGAUCGGAACCCACUGCAGGCUUCAUCCUAACCACAAGCCAGUGGUUCCCCUGCCUUCCUGUUGGCAUUGCAGCUGGAGAAUUUGGAGAGGAUGUUCCUCUUGUUGGCACUAUGUUCUUAGCAAGCAGAACAUGCGCCUGGCAAUUGGUUGAUAUGCGGAAGGUUUUCCAUGUCACUUGCCACUUAAGUAAAGCACUUGACCCAGAAGUCCUUUAGAUGACAUUUUGAAAAUGUUUGGCUAAUUAGCCUAAUGAAUUUAACACUGGAGGCAACAGUUGGAGUAUUCAUCACGUGGAUGGCAGCUUUAAACAACAGAGGAAGAACUGCUGGGGAAAUGGGUGGAAUUAGAUGGAAACGAAACUUCGGGCAGGGUGAUGUGAGAGACACCAGUUUAUUUGUUUUGAAGUGAUAGCUUUCCUUCCUGGAGUCCUGGCUUCAUGAUUCAGACGGACCACAUGGAUAGACCACAUUAGCAGGACACGGAACGUGGUGUCCAACUGAUCCUUUUGUCAUGUGCAGGAAUCAAAACAUAGAAUGACCAACUUAUUUAUAGCCACUAGACAAGUUACAGCAUGUGUUGUAGAAAUUUACUAGGCCUUCAUUGAUUUCAAACAGGUGUGGGCUAGUUUGGACAGUGGCCUUCCUAACGCAAGCUGCAAUCUUAUGUACAGUGGUACCUUGGUUGUCAAACUUAAUCCGUUCCGGGAGUCCGUUCAACUCCUGGAACCAUUCGAAAACCAAGAUGUGGCUUCCAAUUGGCUGCAGGAGCUUCCUGCACUCAGUUGGAAGUCAUGGAAGUCACAUCAGAUGUUUGGUUUCCAAAGAAUGUUAAAAAACCGGAACACUUACUUCCGGUUUUUAGCGUUCGGGAGCCAAAACGUAUGUGUACCAAGGGGUUCGAGAGCCAAGGUACGACUGUACACUUAAGUAAGAGUAAGCCCCACUGAGCUCAGUUGCACUUCCUUAUUUAUCACAUCUGUAUACCACCUUUAUCUUCCAAAGAUCUCAAGGUGGUAUUGUUGUUGUUUAGUCGUUUAGUCGUGUCCGACUCUUCAUGACCCCAUGGACCAGAGCAUGCCAGGCACUUCUGUCUUCCACUGCCUCCUGCAGUUUGGUCAAACUCAUGCUGGUAGCUUCGCGAACACUAUCCAACCAUCUCAUCCUCUGUUGUCCCCUUCUCCUUGUGCCCUCCAUCUUUCCCAACAUCAGGGUUUUUUCCAGGGAGUCUUCUCUUCUCAUGAAGUGGCCAAAGUAUUGGAGCCUCAGCUUCAGGACCUGUCCUUCCAGUGAGCACUCAGGGCUGAUUUCCUUAAGAAUGGAGAGGUUUGAUCUUCUUGCAGUCCAUGGGACUCUCAAUAGUCUCCUCCAGCACCAUAAUUCAAAAUUAUUCAAUUCAAGGUGGUAUAUAUACAUGGCUUUCCUUUUCCCCACUUCACCCUCGCAACAACCCUGUGAGGAAGUUUGAGCUAAGACAUAAUGACUGGCCCAAGGUCACCCAGUGAGCUUCAUGACUGAGUGGGGAUUCAAACCCUAGUUGCCCAGGUUCUGGUCCAACACUCUAACCAUUACGCCACACUGGUUCUAAUUCUGAGUAGAUAGAAGAAGAGCUCUGCUGGAUCAGGCUAAACCAGUGUUUCCCAAACUUGGGUCUCCAGCUGUUUUUGGACUACAACUCUCACCAUCCCUAGCUAGCAGGACCAGGGGUGAUGGGACAGCUGGAGACCCAAGUCUGGGAAACACCAGAGGAAUGUCUACUGGUCCAGCACUCUGUUCUCACAGUUGUCAAUCAGAUCCCACUUCUGGGAGGCUGGGAAGCAGGACCUGAGUGCAACAGCUUCAACUUCCAUGCAUAGGAUUGAACUAUAAACUCACAUAUUGUAUAAGGUUUAAAGAAUAAUAUGCACCAGAAAAGUUCAUUGGGAAGUGGAGUAUAUAAAGAAUAUUUAUCUAUCCCUGGAACAGUAAUAUUGAAAUGAUAUUGAACCAUAAAUGCUGUUUCCAUUGAUACAAUUUUUCCUCAGAUAAUUCACCACUCUAUAUUCAUCUGGAUUUUACAGCUUUAUAAAAUCUGAGAAUAAGUUUGCUAUCAUGUUUUGCCUUAUAAAAUAGGAUGGUAUGAAAUGAAUAAAGUAAGAUUUCUUUCAAAGCAUUUCCCCUCUUUUUGCUCUGUUUAUAAAUGUGUUUGCAUUUGUAUACUAAUAAUAUAUAAUGUUAAUAUUGUGUAGUGAUAGAGAGUUGUGCCUGGAGAUGGGAAGACUCAGUGGUGAUAUGAUAGCCAUCUUCAAAUAUCUGAAGGGCUGUCGCAUUGAAGAUGGAACAAGCUUGUUUUCUGUUGCUCCACAGGGCAGGGCCCAAACCAACAGAUUCAAAUGGGAUUCUGAUUAAUUUUUAGGAAGACCUUUCUGGUGGUAAGAGCUGUUUCAAGAGUGAACCAAACUACGAUGGACGGUUGUAAACUCUCCUUCCUUGGAGGUUUUUAAACAGAGUUUGGAUGGAGUUAGACAAGACGGGUCCCUUCCAACUUUAGAAUUCUUUGAUUCUAAGCAGCCUUUCUCAACGUUGGGUCCCUAGAUGUUUUUGGCCUACAACUCCCAUCAUCCUUGACCACUGGUCCUGUGAACUAGGGAUCAUGGGAGUUGUACGUCAAAAACAUCUGGGGAACCAAGGUUGAGAACCACUGUAAGGGAUUGAGAGAGUGUUCAGCCUCAAAAGAUGAGCUGAGCUGAACUCAAGAGUGUUUUGCUUUGCCUUGCUGCUACUAGGAACUUUCUCCUUUGUAACACAUAAAUCGUUGCCUACAGUGGAGUGUCUCAGUUGAGUUUCCCACAACACAAUAGACCAUGGGUAGGCAAACUCAGGCCCGGGGGCCGGAUCCAGCCCAGUCGCCUUCUAAAUCCGGCCUGCAGAUGGUCCGGGAAUCAGCAUGUUUUUAUAUGAGUAGAACAUGCCCUUUUAUUUAAAAUGCAUCUCUGGGUUACUUGUGGGGCCUGCCUGGUGGUUUUUACAUGCGAAGAAUGUGUGCUUUUAUUAAAAAUGCAUCUCUGGGUUAUUUGUGGGGCAUAGGAAUUUGUUAAUCCCCCCCCCAAAAAAAUAUAGUCCGGCCUCCCACAAGGUCUGAAGGACAGUGGACUGCCCCCCUGCUGAAAAUGUUUGCUGACCCCUGCAAUAGACGAAUGCAAUGCCCUAUGGAUGUCCAUCCAUCUUAGCCAUCAUGGCCAAUGCUCAGGGGUGAUGGGAAUAGAACAACACCUGAAGCUGUCCAUGCUACCUGCCACUGCCAUAGACCCAGGUUGUGUUUCUGCCUGGUUUAAUUUGAAAAGCCAUGCUGGUGUUAGGUUUGUAUAUUUUCUCUUCUCGUACGUCCUGUGCAAGCACACCAGAAGCCUAGUCAGCAGUCUGCAUAAUAAACUCCCUUGGCUGAAGAGAAAGAGGGGUUGUUGUUUUUUGUUGCUGAUAAAUAUUUGAUGGUCUAAUGCUGCUGGGAACUACAGUACAAUGCAAACACAACUGUCUCUGAAUGGGAAUGAGAUGGAUGACAUCUCCCCCCCUCCCUCACUGGCCCCAGUCCAGCUACUUCCAAUGAAAUGAAUGGGGCAUGUUGAAGCCAUGCCCAAUAGUGAAUGUCUGUACAGACGUCAGCCCUAUUGGGUUCAAUGGGACAUACUCCUAGUUAAUUUAGGAUUGCAUCCUAGUAGCAUAGGGAGCUGAUUUUUACAGAGUCUGACAAUUGCUCCAUCUUUGCUGACUGACAGGCUCAUCAGGAUUUCUCACAGGGAUCUCUCCUCACCCAGCUGUGAAUUAAACCUGGUACUUUCAAUAUGCCUUAGCUCCGUUGAUUUCAGCGGGGUAUAAGUACAACACAUAUAAAUUGGACCAGGAACUUUGGUUGUUGUUUUUAUAAUUGUGUUCCCUUAAUUUUUUAGAGCCAGUGUGGUAUAGUGGUUAAAAGCGGUAGUCUCGUAAUCUGGGGAACCGGGUUCGCUUCCCUGCUCCUCCACAUGCAGCUGCUGGGUGACCUUGGGCCAGUCACACUUCUCUGAAGUCUCUCAGCCCCACUCACCUCACAGAGUGUUUGUUGUGGGGGAGGAAGGGAAAGGAGAAUGUUAGCCGCUUUGAGACUCCUGAAGGGGAGUGAAAGGCGGGAUAUCAAGUCCAAACUCUUCUUCUUCUUUUUAUUCAUGCCUUUCCUUUUCAUUUUAAAACGUUUGCCUAACUCUCACCUAUAAAGGACCUUGAACUAGCCGAUAACCAAGUGAAAACAUACAAAAUUCAAUGAAACACGUGGGCAUUGCAACGCAAGCCAUGAUAAAAGCAAUUAGAACUGCAGCAAUUGUCCAAUCAGCCAAAUGUCGACUAGCAGUGAAAUGUUACACCAGUUAAUGCCUUUAUCCUUGGUGACAUGCUCCAAUAGCUUUCUCUCUCACCCAAGGAAAUUAGGUUUGUAAUGUACUCUCCAAACAACAACAACAACAUACCUGGUGAAGACUUUUUGCCAUCUGAAAACUUCAAAAAUAAGCCCGAGCAAAAGUCCUGCCUUUAACCAAACUUUCACCCCCUAUGUGUCUCUUAUGCUGAGUCAAACCUUUGGUCUACACUGACUGGCCGCAACUCUACAUCGUUUUAGACAGGGGUAUUUGCUGGCCCUGCCUGUAGAUGGUGGGGGUUGAACCUGAGCUCUACGCAUGUGAAACAGAUCCUCUACCACCACGUUUCCAUGAAGGCAAGCUGGAAUGAAUUUUCCCUAUUUGGAAAUUAUUCUCUUCAAAUUUUGCUGUUUCCAGGUAGGCUAUAAUAAGUCAUAGUUGGCACAAGCCUUUGAUAAGCCUUUCCUCCAUUGCAAGGGGUUGGACUAGAUGACCCUUGAGUCCAUUCCAACUCUGCGAUUUCAUGAUUCUAUAAUCAGAUAUUUUCCAGUUGGUAUUUGGCAGUAAUUGAUCACUAGCCAAUGGUAACAAUCAGCAUUUGACAGUACCGAGAAGCCACAAUCAAUAUUUGACAGGCUCAACUAAUAUGCAGCAGCAAUCAUAUUUUUAAUGUGUAGGGCAGCAAUUUUUGGCUAUAUUUUCCCCAGCAGUUGGCAUGCAGUAGCGGUCUUUAUCUGACGUGAAUGUUUCGCAGCUGACAUGUGAUUGCUGUCAACAUUUGGCAUCCUCUAGUAGCAGAAUGUAGGCUGUUUUGAAAUUUUCUCCAACCAUCCCUUCACUCACACAAUGGAACGAGGCAAAUGUUGACCUCCCUGAAUUUCUGUCCCAGAAUUCAGAUAACAGAUGUUGAGGUCCAAUGCCAAUAUCAGUACUGGAAUUUGAUACGUCUGGAAAUCCAGCAGACUUUAACCAUUAAUGUAAAAGGAAUGCAGGAAGCUGUUAAACUUGUCAAGUCAUAGAAUCAUAGAGUCAGAAGAAGACUUGCAGAUUAUCUAGUCCAACCCCCUGCUUGGUGAAGGAAAUCUAGAGCUGGAGCAUCUCCCAAGAGAUGGUUGUUCAGCCUCUGCUUGAAGAUGACUAGAGAGGGAGAACCUACCACCGCUAUAGGUAAUGGGCUGCAUUGUCAAACUGCUCAUAUUGUCAAGAGGUUCAACCAAGAUCUACCCUACUGCAACUUGACCUCACUAGAACCAGUCCUGACCUCUGGGAAGUAGAGACUCCUGAAUCCUCAGAAAGAAGGCUAUAUCUAUCUAUCUAUCUAUCUAUCUAUCAUCUAUCUAUCUAUAUCUAUCUAUCAUCUAUCUAUCAUCAUCUAUCUAUCAUCUAUCUCUAGCUUAUUAGCUAGCUAGCUGUCAUCUAUCUAUCAUCUAUCUAUCAUCUCCAAACCAAAAAUAUAAAGGAAGCUAACUUCUCCACUUUUCCAAUGAGCCUUUCAUAGAGGAACGAACCAUUCUGACGAACCUUUCCAAUAUUUUGGGAUGAUGUCAACUUCCGCCAUCCCAGUCUUUGCCCAACCCCCCACCCACCCAUCUUAUUGAAAACAAAAACCUUGCAACGGUAAACAAGCCAUUGAUGAAGGACAUUUCCUGCAGAACAAAUGCCAGGUUGCUCAUCUGUCUCCAGCACAAUUUAUUGCCUGAACCAAGGGCAGUGAGACCAAUGAAAGUGUCAUUGCUCUGGUGUCCUACCAAACAGAGAUCCUGGAAAUUUUUCUUUCUCUGCCUCACACUUCCCCUUUCUUCUUCUGUCACUUUGUGGGUGGAGAGCAUAGAAGCCCAACCACCAGUAGCUGGAAACUGAGCCUGCAAGUAAGGCUUUCCUGAGCUCUUGACGCAGGAGACAGAAAGGGACAAUGUUUGCAGACCAGACAGAGGAAGAUAGAGGAAUCUCAUCAUUGCAGCACUGGAACAGCAUUCCUCAACCUGGCAUUCUCCAGAUGUUUCAGCCUACAACUCCCAUCAUGCCUACUGGCCAUGCUGACUGAUGGGAGUUGUAUUGCAAAACAUCUGGAAGGACAAGGCAGGGGUAAUUUGCCAUUCAGUGUAAUUGCCUGCAAUGGCCCACAUGACUUGGAUUCCGAGCUCCUGCAAUGGAAUGACAUCAGCACUCACUUUGUGGCAUUGUUGUUGAAAUAACGCAGCUCACUGCAGCCAAUAGGAUUAAGUAUCAGGGUGAGCAAAUGACAUAAAAGAAUAUGGAAAGGAAGGAAGAAGGAAAAUAACAGCAAAAAGAAGAAAAUGUGAAUAUGGUUGAAGCGUGCGGAGGCAGGAAAAGUGGCAUAACAUCAGUUGCUGGCACCCGGGGCGGGCAAUUGCCAGCCCAUCCCUUGCCGCUAGUGACCCUGAAAUAAAGCGGGGCUGUGCUGAGCCACCUGCCCACCCACACGAAGGGGAGCCCAGCUAGCUGAUGGCAGAAAGGAGCACUGGGCCUGGCCAUACUGGGGCUGUCUAGGGUGUGUGUGCCUGUUUUUUUGCCAUCUCAGAAAUUGUGCGCCUGGGGCCACAGUGCCUCCUGGCACCCCCACACCCCCACACACUAUGCCCCUGGGUGGGAAACAGUGAAGGUCCAUAGGUCUGUCAGGAUUUUCAUUCUCUCCCGUGCUGCAGAGUGUGUGUGACUACUAGAUCACAUGCUCUGUGUGUUGACAUUCCAUUCUUUGGAAGCGUGAGAACGGAAGGAAUUGUGCACCACUUCCGUCUUCUUUGUUCUGCUGUUGUUGCUCUCUCUCGGAGGAGAAGAGAACAUUCCAUGAUUGCUCUGUUCUUUAUUUUGAUCCUGUAAAUAAAUCACUAAACCCAAAUGCCAUGGGUCCUCAGUCUUAGCUUCUGCUAGACUCUGCUGUGUAUGACAUGCAUGCAUUUUUGGGUCCUGCUUGGACGUCCGGAGGAGUGAAUGCUGUGCUAUGCGUUCCGGACCGGUUUUGGGAGAGGGCGGCCUCCCACCAAGAAGCACCGAGAAGGUCAUGGGUAAAGCAUCUGAUUUGCAUAUAAGGUAAAGGUAAAGGGACCCCUGACCAUUAGGUCCAAUUGUGGCCGACUCUGUGGUUGUGGCACUCAUCUAGCUUUAUUGGCCGAGGGAGCCGGCAUACAGCUUCUGGGUCAUGUGGCCAGCAUGACUAAGCCGCUUCUGGUGAACCAGAGCAGUGCACGGAAACACCGUUUACCUUCCUGCUGCAGCGGUACCUAUUUAUCUACUUGCACUUUGAUGUGCUUUCGAACUGGUAGGUUGGCAGGAGCUGGGACCAAGCAAUGGGAGCUCACCCCAUUGCGGGGAUUCGAACCGCCGACCUUCUGAUGGGCAAGUCCUAGGCUCUGUGGUUUAACGGUUAACCCACAGCCUCACCCGCAUCCCAUGAUUUGCAUGUAGUGGGUCCUAAAUUCAAUUCCCAACAUCUUUAGGUAAAAUGAGGAGAAACUCCAAAUGCCUGAAAUCCUGCAGAGCCACUGCCAGGCGACAAUACCGGUGUGACUCCCUGGUUCCAACAUAAAACUGAAUGUGAAACAAGGGAAGCUGGUUUAGCUCUGCUCUAAUAGUAAGCAUUUAAUCAUCAAUAGCAGUGUCCAACAGCUUGUCUAUAGAAUCACAGGCUCAGUAAAAAUCAAUAUUGCAUAUGAGGGUUUCUUAUUCCCAGUGGCACACUUAUAUAUGGUUAAACAAAGCCGUGAUCUGCUUUAGAGAUACCCCCUGGAGGUGGUUUGUACUUGGUCAUCUUUCAAGUUUAUUCAGACGAUGUUUGGCACAGAUUUUAGCAGCUUUCUCUGCGGAUGAUUGAAGAAUUAAGUCUUUGCACAUUCUCAGCUGACCCGAUCCACACCUCUCGGACUAAUGCAUGGAUCCCAGCUGAGAUGUUCACUGAACUUUGCAAGCUUGAAUGCUGUGGUGCAGUGCUUAAACAUAUCACAGCAGGUUUUAAAAUGUGCAUUUUGAGAGAAGAUAUGUUUUAAAAGGUAUCGCCAAAAAGCCAGUUUAAAUCUUAAUUUGGAUUCCUCGCUUCCCCACACAAAUGUGCAUAUGAAAGCAGAAAGGAGACAGAAUUCAAAGGUGACAAAGACUAGAAAUAGUCUGAUUUCCCCCAUCCCCAGCUUUUUAUUGUAUUUUAUUUUUUGCUAGGCUAAAUAAAUUUAGAACACAGGAACCUGUCUUAUACAGAGUCAGACCGUUGACCUGUCAACCUCAGUACUGUCUUUACUGGCUGGCAGUGGCAUUCCAGGGUUUCAGAUGGAGAGCACUCUCAGCCCUAUCUGGAGAUACUGAGGCUCGAGCCCAUCGCCUUCUACAUGCAGAGCUGGGGACGCAGGUGGCGCUGUGGUCUAAACCACAGAGCCUCUUGGGCUUGCUGAUCGGAAGGUCGGAGGUUCAAAUCCCUGUGAUGGAGUGAGCUCCCAUUGCCCUGUCCCAGCUCCUGCCAACCUAGCAGUUCGAAAGCACACCAGUGCAAGUAGAUAAAUAGGUACUGCUGCAGUGGGAAGGUAAAUGGCGUUUCUGUGCACUUUGGCUUCCAUCAUAGUGUCCAGUUGGGCCAGAAGCAGUUUAGUCAUGCUGGCCACACGACCUGGAAAGCUGUCUGUGGACAAACGCCAGCUCCCUUGGCUUGAAAGCGAAAUGAGUGCCACAACCCCAUAGUCACCUUUAACGGGACUUAAUUGUCCAGGGGUCCUUUACCUUUCUCCCUUUUUUUACACGCAGAGCUAAUGCUAUUCCAUGGAGCUAUGGCUGAGAAAUCCUAAGAUGGUGGGGACAGGGAGAUUCUGCAAUGGAGGGACUACCAUGUCCUUAGCCAAAGGCAGCUAACCUGUGACCUUCCAGAGGUUGCUGGGUUCCAAUUCAUUCUCAUCAUCCCUGUCCCUUUUCCACACUGGCUGGGGGCUGAUGGGAGUCUUAAAACAUACAGAGAGUCAUAGGUUAGCCACUCCUCUUCUAGGUCCUGCUGGCUCCUUUUGGCCAAGGUGGAAGGGGGGUUGGUUUUUCUCCUGUCCCUGCUCUCCUCUGAAACCCUGCUUGAAAACCUUGACGAGCUACUUCCUGUCAGUGAAGACAGUACUGAGCUAGUUAGAUCAAUUACCAGACUCAGCAUAAUCAGCCUUCUCUGCCCCUAUGGUCAACUGUUCACCCAUUCAAUGGUUCUCGCUCUUUAAACCAGAUUUGGAUUGGGUGACCCUUCCAACAGAGGACUGUCUUCUGGCCAUGCUAAGCCACCAAGACUUGGGUGGAGUAAUUAAGCCAAACAGCAGGAUUAGCAAUAGCCUCCAAUAGGCUAAAAAAAAUCCUGUGCUUGUUCCCCCUCCCCACUCCUUGAGACCAAAAUUAGCUGCUUAGAUAUUUACUGUCAACUCUCCCUGGGAAGAGAAGUUUGCCUCUUAACUAGAUUUGCUGCUGAGCUACCUAAUUAAGGAAGCACCAGAGACUUUGUAUUCCAAAGCCUUCCGGGUAUCCCCAGAAGAUUUUCAGAUUUGCCAUUCGGCAGCUUGUCAACAGGAAGACAGCCGUUUUGCAUGCAGAAAAGAUGGUGUCACGCAAGGCACCAGUGCUAUCAAAUGUCUGCUUGGAAUUCCCUCCCAAAGUCCUUAAGGAACCUCUGCAAAGGGGGCAGAGGGCCAUCUCCUUCACCCACUGCUCAGAUUGAAAUAUCGCGGGGGGAGGGUGUGGUGGGGGACGAAAUCGUGGCAGCUAGGAAGCUUUCUGAAAUGAGAGGUGCUUCCAAGAUACGCCUUACGAUGUCCUAUGAUUGAGAUGUGUACUUCUGGCUUCAUCAGCUCACCGCAACCACCUGAAGGUACUUUGAACCCUUGCCCAUCAAGCAUAGAUGGGAUACUUUACAUACAAAAGAAAAAGAGACACGGGUGGUGCUAUGGUGUAAACCACUGAGUCUCUUGGACUUGCCGAUCGGAAGGUUGGCGGUUUGAAUCUCCGCGAUGGAGUGAGCUCCCGUUGCUCUGUCCCAGCUUCUGCCAACCUAGCAGUUUGAAAGCACGCCAGUGCAAGUAGAUAAAUAGGUACAGCUGCAGCAGGAAGGUAAACAGUUUCCGUGCACUCUGGUUUCUGUCACAGUGUCCUGUUGCGCCAGAAGCAGUUUAGUCAUGCUGGCCACAUGACCCAUAAAAGCUAUCUGUGGAUGAAUGGCGGCUCCCUAGGCCUGAAAAGCGAGAUGAGCGCCGCAACCCUAUAGUCGCCUUUUGAAAAAAUCAUUUUUAUUGAUUUUCCAAUAAAAACAGCCAAUUAACAUAUCCAUAUCAUAAUCCAAUUAAAACCAACGAACUAAAAUAAAAAACGACCAAAUUACAGUCCAAAUUAUUAAUUAUAUAUAUAAAAAAUUCCAGGCUCCCCAUAGUCUGGACCUCUGAAGUGUAUCUCCAAUAUCUUCACUCCUGCGUCUUCUAACCUCAUAGUCACCUUUGACUGAACUUAACCAUCUAGGGGUCCUUUACCUUUUUACCUACAUACAAAAGAAAGUAUUUAUUCACACAGCACAUUGUUUAGCUAUGGAGUUUGCUCUCAUGGCAUGUAGUGAUGGCCACCAACUUGGAUGGCCUUAAAAGAGGGUGCUAUCAAUGACUACUACCUCUGAUGCUUCUCCUUCCAUCGCUGGAGGCAGAAUGCUUCUGAAUAUCAGUUGCUGAAAACCUCAGGAAGAGAGAGUAUUCUUCCACUCCAGUCCUGUUUUCAGGCUUCAUUUAGGUAUCAGGGUGGCCCCUCUGAAAACAGGGUGCUGUACCAGGUGGUCCAUUGGUCUGAUCUAGCAGAGACUUCUUCUGCUGUUAUAUUCUUGUUAGCAUUAUUCAUAUGAACAUAGAAAGAUUCCUUAUGGGGAGUGUGACUAUUGUCCAUCUAGUCCAGUGUUCUCUCCACUGAAUGGCAGAAGUUCUCCAGGGUUUCACCCAGGAGUCAUUUCCAGUCCUACCUGGAGUUGGUGGAGACCAAACUUGGCAGAUGCUCUACCACCACUGACCUUCAUCAUUUAUCAGACUGACCAAGAAAUCCUAAGGUGGUAGUGAUGAGGAGAAACCGCCAUGCCUUAACCCAGGAGUGGCCACCAUGCAGUUAGCCUUCAGCCCUUUCCCAGACUCUGCUAAGACCCUUUAGAUAUCUCUUGAACAUACAGUGCCCUAUGUGUGCACUCACUAUGCUUGUGUGUGUGUUUAUACAGACUGCACUCAUGCAAGCAUUGUUUCUGCAAAGUGUCUGAUCGUGUCCAUGGAACUGCGUGCAUAGAGUAGAAUGAUAGAUAAGGGAAUAAGCCAGCCAUGCUUGAGUUUCCAGGUCAACUAGUGAUGAUUUAGUGGCAAAUUAGAUUCUGAAGUGCCGAAGCUCAUAAUGACAGGCCCUAUAGGCAUCCGGAAAAGAAUGUCUGUGCCCAAAAGAACACAUUGAUCUUUAACAAAAGAUUUUGAGCUGAACUACAACCUUUAGCUUUUCAAUAGAGCGGCACAGAAUCCUUGUCAUCGACUCAUUCACUUGCCAGGAAGGUCUGCCAGUUACUCUGGCACUCCAGCAGAUAUCAUCACUCUUGUUUGAGGCAGGGUGCGGAUGGGAGGGGAUAGGAUGCUGGAGCUGUUCUCUCCAUCCCCACUUCUCCAACCCCCCCACCUUUCUUCCUCACUUUCCACUGGCAAUCUAUUCAUAUGUUAUUUCUGCCAUACAAAUAGCCUGCUUGCACGCACGGUGUAAUACAGGUGCAUCUUGCAGAACUCUGCAGACCAGUUUCCAUGAGGAAGGUGUUCCUGUUUCAAUAUACAACCCCCUCAUCUUCUGAGCUCUGAAUCCUUCCCCAGGAAAUGAUUAUCUAUGGUCCUUACAAGGGGGAAAGUAAUAAGUCUCUUCACUCAGGUGGACAAUGGAUCCUCCUGGAGAGGGAAGUAUUCCAUUUUUGGAAUGUUUCCUCUCCAGGAGCCUUGCUUGAGUAUCAAGGUCUUCUGGAUCCUUGGUUCUUCAGUCUUGACUUCUGGUUGGCUCUUUGAUCCUGCCUCCUGGUUUGUUCUGACUUACUCCUCAGUCCUCACCAUUGGUGUCCUCACUACUGUACUCACGACAGCUUCAUCAUCCAUAAAGAUAUAUGUGACACCCACAAACACAUGGCUCUCCCUCCGAUUGAUGAUUGAUUGAUUGAUUGAUUGAUUGAUUCUCUAAGGAGCUCAAGGUGGCACUCACGGUUCUCCCCUCCUCAUUUAAUCUCCACAACAACCCUGUGAGGUCAGCUUGGCUGUGAGGCAGUGGCAGGCCGAAGCUCACCCAGUCUCUUAGGUCUUUGUCCAACCCUAUAACCCCUACACCACACUGCCCCUCUUGAUGAAAGGAUGAAAGGGGUGUAGGAGUGAAGACACAUGAAGAUGACGUGGAGCAGGAAUGGACUGAUCCACUCAUCUUUAAUUGCAGCCCACUCUUUUUGAAUUUGGCCCCCAAACUAACAGCGAGCCAACAGAAGAUCUUCACGUACUGAGGAAAUGUAUCAUCAUUCCCUCAGUAUUUGACUGCCGUGUUCUAGAACCAAUGUUUUGGAUCUCUGAUGAUGAGAUCAGGGGGUGGGGAACCCAUUUUUACCCUGAAGGCAAUAUUCCCUUUCAGACAACCUUCUGAGGAUGUCAUGCCUGUGGUGGUCAGAGACGUGAAUAUAAAUUUGCCCUUUAUACAGUGGGUUAUACACCUGCACACACUCAUAGCCCCUCUUGUUCCUCCAGCCAGGUCUUCAAGAGGCAUUGUCAGAAUUCAACAGCAUGUUCCAGCAAGGCAGGUACACCCAGUGUGCAAGGAAGGAGAGGGGGCGUGGCCUAGAGAGAGUUCCAAGGGCCAGAUUGCGCAACAAAGAGGCCGCAUUUGGCCUGAGGUUCCCCACCCAUGCCACAGAUUGUGGCAAUUUCUCUUGCAGAUUCCCCUCCUCCCCCCACCCCCAGUUCAUAUAUAGGCAUACCAGAAAGCUACAUCUAGCAUGCAGAUUGCUUCAUUUUCUGCACUCCAGAUCCAUUUUAGUUGUUGGUUUCUGAACACUUUCUUUUUAAAAAAAAAAAGAAAAGAAAAAAAAAGCCACAGUGUUCUCGCAGGCCAUACUGCUGAAUUAUUCAUCGGUACUUCAUUAUCUCCCUCUUGCGCAGUUCAAAGGACAGCGGAAGCAUGAUGGGUUGCGGCUCUUGUUUCUCAGCGGGGCGAGCAGCUUGCUACAAUGUCAAGCCGAGGCACUUUCUGAUUAUUUACCUGAACGAGCAAAACUCCUCUGAUGGCACUUUGAGCUUGAGCCACCUGCCAGAUUAUUCCGGAGUCGGAUCGGCUCAUUAUAAGGAAAGCGCGAGUUCUGGCAGAAGCCACCCCAAAAGCAGGGAUUUGGUUCAGAUACAGAUACAUCUGUAUCUGAUUGGAGGGAAUCGAGAAAAAGCCACAAAUCAAAGGUUCAUCACACAAUCAACAGGUUUUUUUAAAAAAUAGUCUCAGUUUUUAAAAAGUAUUUGCCUGGUCCCAGGUGUCACCACCGAGAAGGCCUAGUAUGUGGUAGCCUGAUGCCUCCCCUCUGACUGCAAGAAUACCCACAGGAGGCCUUCCAGUGGAAGACCUUGCAUUUGAUCCAGAAGCUGCAGUUAAUGCAGAACGCUGCAGCAUGAUUGCUGACCUUGUCAGCAUGCAACAUCUGAGCCAGUGUGGUGUAGUGGUUAAGAGCGGUAGUCUCGUAAUCUGGGGAACCGGGUUCGCGUCUCCGCUCCUCCACAUGCAGCUGCUGGGUGACCUUGGGCCAGUCACACUUCUCUGAAGUCUCUCAGCCCCACUCACCUCACAGAGUGUUUGUUGUGGGGGAGGAAGGGAAAGGAGAAUGUUAGCCGCUUUGAGACUCCUUAAAGGGAGUGAAAGGUGGGAUAUCAAAUCCAAACUCUUCUUCUUCUUCUUCUGAUGCAACCCUUAUUUAUAUCCCAGCUGAUUUCAUUGGGGGCAUUGGGCAUGGUCUUUAUCAUGCCCAUCCUGUCUUUCCAUGAUGCCAUUUGGAUCUCUUAAUGCCACUUCCAAAAUUGUUUUCUGGAACAACAUAUAUGAUUUUCUAGAAUAGAAAAAUCAAAUAGAGGUUGACCUGUGUUAUUAUUAUUUAAAAAAAUAUUCUUUGGAAUAUUUGAAAGUAUAGGGAAUUUAUUUUUUUUAUAUUGUGACAAUCUCGUUUCCAGACCUCCUUUCAUUCCCCAGUGCAUCAGUUUUAUUCUUCUCUCCUGAAAGGCCAUUGUAACCAAGAUAAUUCUUCCAAUCAAUGUUAGCCUUCUAAUUUUGUGUGGCUGCCUCGCCAGCACACUGUGUUUUAUGGGCCUGUUGAUUGUCUGUGGUGAAUGGGAUUUCUCUAGUGCUUCCAAGGCCUAACAGUAAAUUAAUUACCACGAUGAAGUGCUUUAUUUUACUCAAUUCCACUCAACUGGCUAAAUGAAGGCCUUUGUGUUGUACUACGACUCAUGCAGUGCCUCUCGUUAUGGUCUAGAAGAAGUGAAAAUGUGAUUUCUUCCUUUUAGUGGCUGCCGUUCCCCUUCCACACAUCCAAUCUGAAACUGGCCAAUGAAAUUAGGAUCAUAUAGUUUAACUCUCCAAGCCCCAAGAUGACUGCCCCCCCAAAAAAAUAUUUAUUUAUUUCACAAUAUCUAUAUACUGAAUGAUUGUAAACAAAAAAAGAUCAAAGCAGUUUACAAAAAUUCAAAGAAUUUUAUAAAAAAAAACAACCCUCAAAAAUAGCCAUAAGAAAAACUGGCAAUGUUAAUUUAAGACUUUCAAAAGUUUGAUUAUAAUUCAUUGUUGUCUGGAUAGCCACAGAUUCUCCACCAUUGAUAUACAACAUCAGUAUUGUAUGAGCCUUUGUGUGUGUUUGGGGAUGGGAGCCAGCGCAGUGAUCUCCACUGCCCCCGAUUCAAGCAGUAUUUUCAGACAUGAUUUGAUGUUGCCUUGGCCUUGCAGGUGAGGAGAAAAUUACAGAUUCGGAUGGACUGCACUCCUACAGCAAAGCUUACAAAGGAAAUGAUUAA